AUGGAGGCCAUUCUCGACUUUAGCCAGCCGCUCGAUGUCGGAUUGUUGGACCAGGUCGCGCAGGUGAUGCUGACGGGAGCCGGAACGCAGCAACAACAAGCGUCGACGGUCCUCGCCCAGUUCCAGGAGAACCCCGAAGCCUGGCAACGCGUCCCAGCGAUUCUCGAGACGUCGUCCAACACGCAGACCAAGUACAUCGCGCUGCAGAUUCUCGACCGGCUGAUCAAGACGCGAUGGAAGGUCUUGCCCGAGGAGCAGCGGAGCGGGAUCAGGAACUUUGUCGUCCAGGUCAUCGUCAAGACGAGUAGCGACGAGGCGACGCUCAAGAGGGAGAAGAGCUUCCUCAACAAGCUCAACCUCAUCUUGGUGCAGAUUCUCAAGCAGGAGUGGCCCCACAACUGGCCGACCUUCAUUCCCGAAAUCGUCACCUCGUCUCAAGCGAACCUCUCGAUCUGCGAGAACAACAUGGUCAUCCUCCGCCUCUUGUCGGAAGAGAUCUUCGAGUUUUCGGCGGAACAGAUGACGACGGCCAAGACCAAGGCGAUGAAGGCGCAGAUUUGCCAAGAGUUCGCCGAAGUCUUCUCGCUGUGCGUCGAGGUGCUCGAAAAGGCCGACAAGCCGUCACUCAUCAAGGUCACGCUCGAGGCCAUGCUCCGCUUCCUCAACUGGAUCCCGCUCGGAUACAUCUUCGAGACGCCUGUCAUCGACUACCUGAUCACAAGGUUCCUCGAGGUCCCCGAGUUCCGUAACGUCACGCUCAAGUGCUUGUCCGAGAUUGGCGGCCUCCAAAUCGGCGCAGAGUACAACUCGAAGUUCAUCAUCCUCUUCAACAUGGUCAUGACGUCUGUCAACAAGAUGAUUCCGCCUUCGACAGACAUCGCCGGCGCCUACGAAAACUCCUCCGACGCCGACCAAGAACUGGUCCUCAACCUCGCCAUCUUCCUCACCAACUUCCUCUCGGCGCACGUCACGAUCCUCGAGACGCCCUCACACCGCGACGUCCUCCUCAACGCCCAUCUCUACCUGAUCAAGAUCUCGCAAGUCGAGGAGCGCGAGAUCUUCAAGAUCUGUCUCGAGUACUGGGCGAAGCUCGUCGCCGACUUGUACGACGAGAUGCAGAAAUUCCCCGGCGGAGAACUCGCGGCGAACCCGUUGUUGAGUCUCGGCGGGAUGAGCGGGUUCGGCGGUGCGGGAGGAGCGGGCGGACAGGGCAGGCGGGGGAUCUACACGGAGGUCUUGUCGAACCUGCGGCUGGUCAUGGUCGAGCGAAUGGCGAAGCCCGAGGAGGUCCUUAUCGUCGAGAACGACGAGGGCGAGAUCGUCCGCGAGUUCCUCAAGGACACGGACACGGUCGUCCUGUACAAGAGCAUGCGCGAAGUUCUCGUCUACCUCACACAUCUCGACGUCGUCGACACCGAGAUGAUCAUGACGGAGAAGCUCUCGAAGCAGGUCGACGGUUCCGAGUGGUCGUGGGCGAACCUCAACACGCUUUGCUGGGCUAUCGGAUCGAUCUCGGGCGCGAUGAACGAGGAGACGGAGAAGCGCUUCCUCGUCACGGUCAUCAAGGACCUGCUCGGCUUGACGGAGAUGAAGCGCGGCAAGGACAACAAGGCCGUCGUCGCGUCUAACAUCAUGUACAUCGUCGGACAAUACCCUCGCUUCCUGAAGGCGCACUGGAAGUUCCUCAAGACGGUCGUCAACAAGCUGUUCGAGUUCAUGCACGAGACGCACGAGGGUGUCCAGGACAUGGCGUGCGACACGUUCAUCAAGAUUGCGCAAAAGUGUCGCCGCCACUUCGUCAUGCAGCAGUCGGGCGAGUCGGAGCCGUUUAUCGAGGAGAUCCUCCGCAACCUCCAGCGCAUCACCUCCGACCUCGCACCGCUCCAGAUCCACACGUUCUACGAAGCGGUUGGCUACAUGAUCUCGGCGCAGCCGAACAAGCCCCAGCAGGAGCUCCUCAUCGCGAACCUCAUGCAGGCGCCGAACGCGGCGUGGGACAGCCUGAUGGCGCAGGCGGCUCAGAGCGGCGCCGAGAUCCUCUCCGACCCAGAGAACAUCAAGAUCCUCUCGAAUAUCCUCAAGACGAACACGGCGGCGUGCUCGUCCAUUGGCACCUUCUUCCUCCCUCAGCUCGCUCGCAUCUACAUGGACUUGCUGGGCUUGUACACCGCCGUCUCGGGCAUCAUCUCGGCGACGACGGCGGAGCAGGGGCUCAUCGCGACGAAGACGCCCAAGGUCCGCGGCUUGCGCACGAUCAAGAAGGAGAUCCUCAAGCUUGUCGGCGAGACCUACAUUCGCAAGGCGGAAGACCUCGAGCAGGUCAACCGCGACCUCAUCCCGCCUCUCCUUGAGGCGAUCCUCGGCGACUACAAGCAGAACAUUCCUGCAGCACGAGACGCCGAGGUCCUCUCGACCAUGGUCACCAUCGUCUCUCGCCUCGGCCCGCUCAUGACGGACAAGGUCCCCGCCGUUCUCGACGCCGUGUUCGAGUGCACGCUCUCGAUGAUCAACCAGGACUUGACCGAGUUCCCCGAACACCGCGUCGCUUUCUUCAAGAUGCUCCGAGUGAUCAACCUGAACUGCUUCGACGCGCUGCUCAAGAUCCCGGCGCCGCAGUUCAAGCUGGUCAUGGACGCCGUCGUCUGGGCCACCAAGCACACGAUGCGCGACAUAGGCGACCUCGGUUUGACGAUCUGCGUCGAGCUCAUCGACAAUGUCGUCGCGGCCGGCCCGGAAACGUCGAACGGCUUCUUCCAGGCGUACUACCUCGCCUUGCUCCAAGACAUGUUCUUCGUCUUGACGGACGCCGACCACAAGUCGGGCUUCAAGUCGACCGCGCUCGUCCUCGCCCGCCUCUUCAAGCUCGUCGAGCAGGGCGACAUCCAGGCGCCGCUCGACCCGUCCGCCGCCAACAACGGCGUCUUUGUCGCCGACUACACCGCCAACCUCCUCAAGUCUGCCUUCCCCCAUCUCCAGCCCGCUCAGAUCACCGCCUUCGUCUCGGCGCUGCGAGAGCAGUACGGCGACUUCAACAAGUUCCGCAUCACUCUGCGAGACUUCCUGAUCUCGCUUCGCGAGUUCCAGGGCGAGGAGGCGUCCGACAUCUACGCGGAGGAGCGUGAGGAGGAGGCGAAGCGCAAGCGCGACGAGGAUCAGGCGCGCGCUGCUGCGGUGCCCGGAAUGCUGAAACCUUCCGAGGCGAUGACCGGCGAGGACGAGGAGUUGUGA